UCACAGUUAUCAACCUGCUAGCUGGACGACGAGUCGCCGCAUCUUUGAAUGUGACUUAACGUUAAGUGUUUUCAUGGAUUUAAUGUUAGUCAGGGAAGAUAUUUGAGACCGACUGUAAGGAGACAUUGUCGGCUUGUGUCUUUGGUCGUGUCCGUUCCAUGUAGACAGUUAGCUUGGGUGCUAGCUAGGACGGGCUAGCACUGUCUACGCUCCGUUGGCUCCCUUGUUUACAGGUUAGCUUAUGCUAAUGUUAGCUAACAUGUUGCACUAGAACGCUGGCUGUUUAUAACUUGUUUUAUUAUCGCAAGCUAGAAGUUUAUUAUGUUCUUAUACGAUGCUAGUUGGCUCUCGGGCUUUCGCAGUGCUUGUCACCACCACUGUCAGUAGCGUUAGCUCAAGAUAAAGUCUUGACACCGGAGUCUUAUUGACAUAACGAAAAACGUAGCGCAGCAGGCAACGUCAUUUAAUCACAAGAAGACCGCGCUAUUAAAGCAAUUUGCUGCGAUAUAUGUCUCUUAUAAAUGGCGUAGCUGCUUAGCAUGGCAGCAUCUCAUGGCAGUUAAUAGAUGUCAGGGCAGAGGAGUGUACAGUGGUAACCACAUCGUCCCUCAGCUGUCUCUGGAGGCCAACUACAGUAUAAAACAGCGGUGUCAAUCAAUCCUUGACGUUAAAACAUCAUCACUGAAACAAAGGACAAUGGAGUCUGUGAGGAGUGCUUUCCACGCUCAGCUGGCCACCGUCAUGGACUCUCUGCUGGCAGCUGCUGUGUGCGAGAUCGCCAAGAUCUUCGAGAGCAGCCUGUGUGAGCAGCAGGCGGAGCUAGCGCAGAAAACAGAGGAGAUCUCCAUCCUCCGUGGCAAGCUGGAGAAAGUGGAGAGGAGGCAGAAGGCGAAGGGUGGAGGAGGCGAGGAUGGGGAGAUGUCAUCAGGAGACAGAGAGGGAGGCUUGAGGCAGCAGACCCUGACAGGAUCAGGCCUGAAUAUGGGAAAGGAUGUGUCUUCUCAUUCAGACCCAGUAGAAGGACUCAGCCAGAGCGUCGGCGGGCUGAAAGAAGAGGUCACAGGCCAGGAUGGAGCAUCAGUAAAACACGAGCGUGCUGGAUCACGACCUACCCUGGGGUCAGUCGCUGUCCAAGUCCCUGAGGGAAGUGUUGCUGCUGCGGACCAGAGGCAGAUAGAUACUCUGUCUGCCACACAAGCCAAGGCCAAAUUGUCUCAUUGGGAUCAGGGCAGUCGCAGUGCAGACCACAGAUCCCUCCAGGAUCAAGCCCCCACCCCUUUUCUCUCCAUCUCUCAGAGUGGACGUUGCUCCCCCAGGCCUGACCCAAGCCUAGCUCAACCAGGUGAGUGGUUACCAGGGCUGGAUGCUACCCGAGGUGGGGUGUCCGGUCUGGAGAACCUACAGGCAGAUGGCACCAGCUGCUCUGGUCCAGCCAGCAGCAGCACUGGCACAGACGCGCCUUGCUUCCGACCGGGUUUUGGCUCUGAUGAGACCAGCAAUGAAGAUGAUGAUAGCUCUUUCCCUUUCCUGGACCAGGAGCCUGAGAACCACAACUCCAAUCAGAACUCGGUGCAGGGCCAAGGCGUGGGUCAGAGGGCAUCUCGGCAGGUUCAGCCCCAAGCCUCCUCUGGUGAAUCACCAUGGAGACCCAGAGACGACAGGAGUGGGAGAGGCCCUAUCAAUCACACACGGCGGGUCGCAACUUUUGGCAACAGAGACCCUCUCCGACCACAGUCCAAUUCACAGUCGCUCACGCUAAGACACACAAACACUCUCAGCCACCCCCCAGCUUCUGGCGGAGGGAAUGGACGACCUUACACCUGCCCAUAUUGCACCAAGUGUUUUACCUACCCCUCCCACCAGCGCAGACACCUUUUACGCCACACAGGAGUCAGACUGCAUCCCUGUCAGUUCUGUGAUAAGAGCUUCCUCACUCCUUCUGAGCUUACUGUGCACACUCGCACACACACAGGAGAACGGCCUUUUGGCUGCGCUCAGUGUGGAAAACGUUUUGCCCGCAGUGGGAACUUGAGAGCCCACCAGCGGGACGUUCACAUGGGGAAGAGGCCCUUUGCUUGCACAGAAUGUGGGAAGAGAUUUGCUCACAGGGGGAACCUGAGGGUGCACAAUCACAGAGUCCACCAAGGUGAUCCCUACUACAUGGAUGAUCAGCAGGAGCCAGACAUAGGCCCUAAUCCCAUUUGAAAAGAUUUUAAAAAAUAAUGGCUCUGCACUUUAAUUUUGUUUGCAAAAUAAACCUGAGGAACUUAGGGAUAGCCUGUUGUGUCCCACCUAAACUCAUUACCGAACACUUAAAACAGUUUGAAAGUAUUUAAGGUUUUUGUUUUGUUUGUUUUUUCACAUUUGAUGUGGGGUAACCGUAAGAUUGAUCACCAUCACAUUUUAUCAUAUGUAAUUAAUGAUGUACAUUGUCAAAGUACAUUUUGUGUGUCUUAAUUUUAUUUUUAAUUAUGAUUCAGUGUCAGAAUUAUGGGUCGCACUAAAAGGGAGAGCUUUGUAUUAAACUAUUGUAAAUGACUGAAUAAAAAAUAUUGGCUAUUGUUAAGAAAGCAACUUUUCUCCAGAAUGACACUAUCUUCAGAGAUCUAAGCAUCUCUUCAUUAUUUGAAGCGAAAGAACUACAAAAUAAUGUUUUUUAUAAAGCCAAUAAAGGAAGUCUAGUCGGUAUUAGAUGUAGACAUGUGGCAUGCGGAGGUAGGAUAGCACGUCUCUUCCUCAAAAGUGCUUAUGUACUGCCUAUCUCUUCGAACUUUGAUUUUGACUGUUGUAAAAUGGAAACGUGUUAUCGCAACAAGUACAUAACUGUGUUGUUAAAGAAGACUUGUGCUUUAAUUUUCCAUCCUGUUUUUGCAAAGUGGAAUUAAAUAAUAUCCUCAAGUACAAAGUA